UCCCUCUUCUCCCUAAAACCCACCUCUCUCUCUAGAAAGUAUGAAAUUGUGUCUCUCUUUAGUUGCUAUCUGGGUUAUCUUGGUUUAUUGAAAUUGUACCCUCUUUAUUUUUCUUCUGUUGUUAAUUUGGUUUCACUGCAAAACAAAGUACAUUAAAAGCCCCAAUCACCAAAAGCUGAAAAACCAAAAAAGGAGAGAUGGGUUAGGCUGCAAAUAAAGGUAUUAUAGGCUUCUGGGUUUCUGGGGUUUUCAGUUUUAUAGGUUGUGGUGUUUGGGGGAUGAUAGAAAUGGAAAUAUAUUGAAUGGCAGAUACUUUUGGGAGAGGCAGUGUCAAGUUUCAGAGUUGUGGCAGUACUUUUGCACAACCAACAAGAAGAGAUUAGGAAGCAAUAAAAAGAAGAGUAAAGAAACAACCACCCAUUACCACCAUUAAAAGCUGGAAAAACAGCAGAAAAAGCUCAAGAGCUUGAGUCUGGAUCCUCAAAGGAAUUGUCAACGUUAUCAUCAUCAUCAGCAGCAACAAUACCAAAAUCUUGUCUUCAAUUCAAGACAUUUAGAGGAGGAAGAAGAAGGCUUUCAGGUUUAUCAACGACAACAGUCUCCUGAUGAUCAAAACCAACAUCAAAUUUUCUUUGCAGGAUUAGACCAAGCUCUGCAACAGAGACCCAAUAAGCGAAAUUACGUUUCAUCUUCUACAAUUUUUUCUACCGAGCAAGGGAGCAUCGAAUAUGCAACAAAAAUGGAGACCCAUCACCGCCCGCGCCACCAACAACCAGCUGCGACGUCAAGAUUGGGGAUGAGGAACGGAAGCGGCGAGAUCGUGGAGGUCCAGGGAGGUCACAUUGUUCGCUCCAUCGGAAGAAAAGACCGUCACAGCAAGGUUUGUACUGCGAAAGGACCCAGAGACCGUCGUGUGCGGCUGGCGGCGCACACUGCCAUCCAAUUCUACGAUGUGCAGGACCGCCUGGGUUACGACCGACCCAGCAAGGCCGUCGAUUGGUUGAUUAAUAAGGCCAAGGCAGCCAUUGACGGGCUCGCCGAGCUCCCGGUAUGGAAACCGAGUUCUGCAUCAACGACGACCACAACCAACACCGCUGCAACGCUGGCCAGAGCAAGUACUAAUGAACAACAGCGAGACCCAACUUACGAUGAAAGAGAUUUUGAGUUUCCAAUCGAAGAAAUUGGUAAUGGCUCGACUCGUGAUGGUACCACAACGUUUAUUGUGGGUAGUGGUGGUGAUGUACGGACUAUUCAGGUGAACGAGAAUUCGAGUUUUCUUCCGCCGUCAUUGGACUCGGAUUCUAUUGCUUACACAAUCAAAUCCUUCUUUCCUAUGGAUGCAUCGGCAGAGACAACAUCGUCUCCAAUACAGCUUCAGAGUUACCCUCCAGAUUUGCUUUCUAGAACCAGCAGCCAUAGCCAAGAUUUACGGCUUUCGCUUCAGUCGUUUCGGGAGCCAAUGCUUUUACAAGCCCACCAGGAACAGCGGAAUAAUAAUCAAAAUGAAGAGCAAUUACUGUUCUCUGGAACGAACCAUCAUGAGAAUCAUCACAAUCAACAUCAUUUAGGAUUUCAUGGGUCCACUGCUGGAUGGGCAGAGCACCACCAGAACCAUUCAGCAGAUAUUGAUAGGUUCCAAAGGAUGGUGGCUUGGAAUGCUUGUGGUGCAGAUACUGGGAGUGUUGACGGCGGUUGCGGCGUCGGUGGUGUGGGAUUUCUUUACAAUCCGGCAACUCAACCGACUGUGGCUCCACAACUACCGUUGCUCGGACAAAACCAGUUUUUUUCUCAGAGGGGACCCCUUCAGUCCAGUUACACGCCUUUGGUUCGUGCUUCGAUAGACCCGGUAAUUACUGACAAUCAUCAUCAAUUGACACCAACAAUCCAUCACCAAUCUGCCUUUUCUGGCUUUGGUGGAUCCUUCUCCAAGUACUACAUUCCAGCACGAAUUCAGGGUGAAGUGGAACAUGACGGCAUAGCCAACAAGCCGUCCUCUGCUUCCUCAGAAUCUCACCAUUGAUGAGGACUGAUGUCCAAAAUCUUUAACCUCUAACAGUGUCCUCUUUGAGGAAUCUAUCAAUUUCCGUGAUCGAAUUGAUUCAGAUGGAGCUGUGGGGAUCCAUUGAAGACUAGCUUGAAGAUUGGAGGGAAGAUUUUGGUAAGUUCCAUCAUUGGCAAUUACCGUGGAAGGAGAGAUCUGAUUGGAUUUUCAGGUUCUUCGAUCCUAGGUUGUUUAGCUUCUUUCAGUUAAUCAUGUUCUAGCUUUGUUUCUGUAUUUGGGCAGACUAGUGAAGCUCAAAUUCGUUUGAUGUACGUGUUCAUUUUGCCAUGAUUUGUUUGUGUUUUAUGGAUGCUUGUUUAUAUGUUCUAUUUGUACUACCUAAUUUGACUGAUAAGAGGCAGAACUUGUUUAUGUUUAUG